UAAGACGAUAAAAGACUGAAAUUAUAGCGGAAAUUAUAACAGUGGACAUGGACCUGCUGCGAGUCAUGAUUCAGUUUACCUACAACGAGGCAGUAAAAGAAGAUACUGGCAAAUGAGUUGUAUAUAAUGAAUAUAUAAAUAUAAUAUAAUUUUAAUGACAAUAAAUCCGAGACGAAACUGAAGGUUAUUCUCAGCCCCUGCGUGACGUCACAGGUGGACUUGUUAAAACCCUCAGCGCUCUAAGAGCAGCAGAGGCGACGGGGCGGCAUCUCUCCCGCACACGAGCAGCGCAAAAUGGGGAAACUGUUCCAGGUCGUGGUCCACGGCCUCCGGGGCGAGAAGAUGAUCGUGGACCUGUGUAACACAGAGGAGCAGAUGAAGAGCAUGACGGUGAAGCAGCUGAAGGAGAAGAUCGCACAGAGGCUUCCCGAGAGCGCAGGAGAGGAGAAUCUGCGGCUCAUCUUCACAGACAAGAUGCUGGAUGGAGACGACACUAAACUCUCUGACUAUGGAAUCCAGCAGAUGUCCGUCAUCCACAUGGUGAUGAAGGUUCCAGGAGGACUGCUCCUUUAAUCGAGGCCUUUUCCUGCUGCUGUUUUUUUUUAUUGGAGCUGUCAGAAUGUUAAGUUGUAUAGUUGCUUUGUUACCUCUACAGGUGUUUGAAGAUGACUUGUAUAUUAAAAUACGUUCUUCCUGAA